AUGCCUGACAUCGUCACCUCGAUUGGCUAUCUCGCGGACCUCGAUCUUUACAAGCGAGAAAAGCCAUAUUGUGUGCUUGUAUCGCCAGAACAGGCGGCCAAUCUCCCUCCCGAUACCCAGACCAGUAACCUUGAGUUCGAGCAACAUGAAAAUAUCCUCGUCAAGGACAUUCGAGACUGCGAGCCCUCGGCGUUUGGGCUGGACAAGACGGGAUUCGAGGUCGUGACUGAUCUGUUUGACGUCUCCGAUAUCCAAGGAUGGAGCGGUCUUAGGCAAUAUCAGACUCAGACCGAAAAGUUUCUGCGGGCGCAAUUUGGCGUUGACCGAGUCGUAUGUUGGGAGGUCACGUUGCGACAUAAUGUCCAGAGGGAGGCCAUGGUCGUGGAUCUCAAUGACUGGACAAUCCCGGACGGCCCAGCUGCAGGCGCGCACAAUGAUGUGACGGCUAUCAGUGGUCCAAAUAUCAUUGCCGACCACCUCCCAGAAGAAUUGAAGGCGGUAUACCAUAACGGAGGAUACCGAUUUCGAAUUGUCAACACUUGGCGGCCAUUGUUGGCUUCGCUGGAGGAUAACCCACUUGCGUUGUGCGACUUCCGGAGCGUCGAUCCAGAUGACUUGGUGCCCGCAGAUCGGGUGAUUCCGAGUAAUGAGGGGGAAGUCUAUUAUCUCAAGUAUAACCCUGACCAAAAAUGGUACUGGCUAGACAGUAUGACAAUGGACGAGUUGUUCAUUUUCAUCAUGUACGACUCGGAGAAAGGACCUCAGGCACGAUAUUGUCCCCAUGUACCAGUCAAGAACCCACGGGCGCCUGCUGAGGCUCCACCACGGAAGAGUGUCGAGACGCGAUCAAUUCUCAUUUCCAAGGUGGCUGACACCUAG